AUGACAGUAGCAAAGAGGUACUUACCAGAUAAAGCUCUGAAGAAGAAGAACGGUUACUAUCUCGGUACAAAAUCACCAGCAGCGAACAAACGAAGUCGCGAUACAAAAACACUGCCACCUCUGCCUCCUCUUCGCCGGUCCAUUUCUGAACUGCUGCCGGUCGUUUCUCCACCAAGAACCGGAGUCAGUGGUCACGGGGAGAUGGUUACGGGAUCCCCAGUGGUGUCCCAAGAUAACCCUGACCCUGAGAGGUUCAAGAGAAUGAUGGAAAGGAUGAAAGAGAUGAAACAGUGGUGGCAUGAAGUAGUGCUGGAAGUAGAGGAUGCUGGGUCUCAUCACAACAAUACAAAUGAGGCUUCAAAUGCAGAAACAGAGGACCUUGUGAUCAUAGAGAGGAUGGGGGAUUUCAUUAGCAUAUACUUGAAGUGUCCCUGUUCCAAAACCUACCAACUUCUCAUCUCUGGAAGCAACUGCUUCUACAGGCUCAUGUAGUGUAAAAUGCAUACAACACUCGUCCCUCUGCACAAUUCCUUUAUUAGCUGAUUUUGCACAUGAAUUACUCUUCUUAUAGCUUCAUAGGCUGAUUUUACUCUUCUUAUAGCUUCAAUGGCUGUAAACCAUUUUUCAUUUUGAAUCAAGUCAGACCAUUACAUUUGUACAUA